UCUCUCCCCUCCUUCCGCCCCGCUGGCGCGCAGGCAGUUCUGGGAGGCGAGGUGCGCUCCCAAGUACGACGGGGCCGUGCCCGCCGACGUGCUGUCCACCCUCCUCCUGCGGCACGCCAGCGCGGAGGUCUCCAUGGACAGCCGGGAGGCGAUCAUGCGCAGGCUCGCGAGGCUGGAGCGGGCCGAGAAGCUGCUGGUGGCGGCCGCAGAGCUGGACCGGUGCGGCGCCGAGGUGCGGCGUGCCGGGGGGCUGCGUGCCUGGGUGGCGUCGGUGCAGAUGGAAGGCGGGCCCGAGGCGGCGGCGCAGAGGCCCGGGCCCAUCGUGGUGAAGCCGGCAGCGCUGGCGUCCACGUGGGGUUCCCUCGACACGACCGCGUACCUCCCGCAGAGGGGGGCCGCGUGGCGGGCUGCUUGAGAGGGGG